AUGGCUAAGCUCAGCCUGCUCGCGCUGGCCACUUGGGUUGGCCUAGCCGCAGCCAAGGACGUCUAUCUGGACUGGAAGCUCACUUGGGUUAAUGCCUCCCCGGAUGGCUUUGAACGCCCAGUUAUUGGUAUCAACGGCCAAUGGCCCUGUCCACAGAUUGACGUGGACGUGGGCGACCAACUGAUCGUCGAUGUCUACAAUGGUCUUGGAAACGAGUCCACGGCUAUCCACUGGCACGGCAUGCGCCAGCAUGGAACUGGUGUUAUGGAUGGUGCUGUCGGAGUCACUCAGUGCCCGAUUGCUCCCGGCUCGCACAUGCAAUAUCACUUCGAUGUCAACCAAGCUGGGGCAUACUGGUAUCACUCACACAACAUGGGACAGUACCCCGAUGGAUUGCGUGGUGCUCUGAUCGUCCAUGAUCCUAACCCUCCUUUCCACUAUGAUGAUGAGUUGACACUCACCCUAAGCGACUGGUACCACCAGGAGAUGCCAGGGCUGCUCGAUGCAGCCAGUGUGGCGCCCCAUGGCCAAGAGCCGCUUCCUGACUCGGCGUUGAUCAAUGACUCAACCAACACCAAGAUCAAAGUUCUGCCUAACAAGACGUAUCUUGUUCACAUCAUCUGCAUUGGAAAUUGGCCUGGCCACUUCUGGGUGAUCGAUGGCCACGAAAUGACUGUUGUGGCGGUUGACGGCGUCUAUACUGAACCCCACCCCGCUGGCGACAAGUUCUUGCGGGUUGCAACUGGUCAGCGUAUGAGUGUAUUGAUUACGACUAAGCCUGAUGCUAGUCAGAACUUUGCUAUCUGGGAUACUAUGGAUGUCAACAUGAUGUUUAUCUUCGAAAAUCGCACCAUCCCACAAAACUACAACCCCAACGCCACCGCCUGGUUGGUGUACGACGAGGCGAAGCCCCUGCCCGAGCCUCCUGUCUUCCAUCACAUCGACUUCGGAACUGACUUCGUGGAUGAUGUCAAUUUGGUACCAGCAGACCACGCGCCCUUGCUCCAGCCCGUGGACCGCCAGAUCAUUCUGGAUACCAGCGGCGGACUGGUAGACGGUGUUCCGCGCUUCACUGUCAACGGCAAGACCUACAUCUCCCCCAAGGUGCCAUCUCUAUACACCGCCAACACAGUCGGUCCCGAGUUUUCUUCCAACCCUGAAGUAUAUGGCCAAGUAAACCCCUUCGUCGUGAAGCAUAACGAAGUCGUCGAGAUCGUUAUCAACAACCACCACAACAACCUGCACCCAUGGCACUUGCACGGCCACCACUUCCAGGUUCUGCAGCGCACCCCAGUUGAUGGCGGCUUCUACAAGGGACUAACGAGCAACGUCUCCACGACCCCGAUCCGACGAGACACCAUCAUGGUCCAGAACAACGGCCACACCGUGAUCCGCUUCCGCGCCGAUAACCCAGGUGUCUGGAUGCUCCACUGCCACGUGGAGUGGCAUGUCGAGGUUGGUUUGAUGGCCACCAUCAUCGAGGCCCCGGAGACCUUCCACCACACCUUGCGUGCUCCCCCGAAGAGCCACUACGACACCUGUGCUGCCUUCCCCCAACCUGUCAGCGGCAAUGCCGCUGGCAAGGCUGGUCUUGACAUGACCGGACUUGACACUAAGGCUAAGGCCGGCAGCCGCGGCGCUCUGUAUACCCCAAUCAAGGGCACCAAAACUCCCGCUGUUGCGCAUCCGUCUCAGCAAUCGUCACAAGCACCAGUGUCAAAACCCUCUCCCAAGCCGUAUGCACCUAACGUCGGCGCCCAUAACGCCAAUGAUUACUGGCCGGUCCCUCAUGUGGACGACACAAGCUUCUAUGUCGACAGUCCCAACAAACCGCACGAUCACCAUGUCACCAUCCACGAGGAGGCGACCAAGGGCCCGGGGCCGAACCAGAAUACCCACAGCGGCUAUGUUUUCGAUGGCCACCACAGCUAUCCCAUUCAAGACUCUGGUGAUGAUCUUUUGGACGACUUGAACGAUUGGAAGUAA